CAUCAGUUUCGAUGAUCUUUUGGAACGGAAAGAUUGUAAUUGUGUGACAUAUACUUCCCGCAAUAAGGACGUGUCGUAUAUAUUACUGUGCUAAUUACAGUUUAUUUAUAAAAAAAUUAUUUUAAUUUGCAUACGUAUUAAUAUAACAGAUAUUCCAACAAGAGAAUUGACAUGGAAAGAUUGUUGGUAAAGUUGUUAUUAUACAAUCUAAUAUUUAUAAAUGCAACAGCUUUUUUAUCGGAUUAUAAUCUCGAUGUUAUACCAGAGCAUUAUAACCUCAAGUUGGAACCAUAUUUUGAAGUAGAAAAGGAAAGUUUUAAAUUUUUCGGUAGAUGCGAGGCCUACGUCAAUAUUUCCAUUCCAACGUACAGCAUAAGUUUGAACGCACAAAAACCGCAAAUAGAAAUACUAAAUACUAUUGUCACCAAUAGAGAGUCAUUCAAAAUUUAUGAGCCGUCAGAUAUUACGUACAAAAAUGAAUCUCAUACUCUCACGUUUCACUUCGAUGAUAUAUUAUCAAAAGGACAUUAUUUAUUAAACAUGAGCUUUAUCGGACUCACAAAUAAUCAUGGAAUCGUUUUCUUCAGAACUUACACACAUUUUAAUACAGAUAAAAGGUUGUUUGUCGCAACACAACUCGGGGCAAUUGGGGCGCGACAAUUGUUUCCAUGCUGGGACGAGCCUGCAUUUAAGGCUACGUUUAAUAUUAGUGUUAGACAUCAUAAGCCGUAUUAUGUUUGGUCAACUAUGCCGAUACGAGAAGAAACUGAAGAUACAAAAGACGUGGUGUGGACUCACUUCAAAAUCACUCGUUUAAUGCCUACUUAUCUCAUAUCGCUCCUACUAUAUGAUUCACAUUCGUUCCCGAUCAUUGAGUAUGACAGAAUAUACAAUCUGUUAUUCCAUUUGAACACAAAAUUUGCAAGAAGAAUCAUUCAAAAUGUUACAAGACGCUUCGAAAUCGAAUGGAUAGCAUAUUCUCAGAACCUUUCAUUAACAAAUCAUCUUAUAGUUCCCGCGGGUCCUCAGCAUAAUAGCAUGGGACUUAUUCUUUAUAGAGCCUCAAAUGUUUUCUAUAUUAAUACGUUAGAUCCUAUUUCGAAUAAAAUAAAAACAGCGUGCUUAAUAGCACACGAAGUGGCACUUCAAUGGAUUAAUAAUCUGGUUAGCCCAUCCUCGUGGUCUGAUUUUUGGUUGAAUGAGGGUAUUGCUAGGCUGUUAGGAAUGGAUAUGAUCGACAAGAUUUUUCAAGAUUCAAAUUACACAAGUAUAUUAGAUCUGUUAGCAGUACAAAGUAAAUUAGAAUCUCUUCAGUUGGAUCAUUAUCUUUUGGGUAUUAUGGAUCCUCUUAUAUCAAAAAUCAACAAAACCUCGGAAAUUGAAUCACUUUUCUCUUUUUCUUAUUACAUCAAAGCACCUGUUAUAUUGCGUAUUUUACGACAGCAUCUCUCGGCUGAAGUGUACCUACAUGGUAUUGAGAUUUUUCUUAAUGAACAUAUGUUUAGUUCAGUAACUAUUGAUGAUUUCUGGAGUGCUAUGCAAGCUGCUCUAAUACAGCUGAACAAUAUAUUUCAUGUAAAAUGGUUGAUGAAUGCCUGGACAAAUCAAAAACAUUAUCCUAUGCUGAAGGUUGAAUACUCUAACUGUACAUCUUUGAAAAUAUCGAUAGAUAAUUUUUACCAGUUAGUUAACGAUGACUGGUUAUUACCUAUAAUUAUAAUUACUAUAAAAUGGAAAGAAAAUAUUUUAAAAUCAAUUAAAUUGCGUUAUACUUACAAUAAAGUACAAAAUAAUAUUUCAUACAUAGAAAUUGAUGAAUUUUAUUGUGAAGAGAAUGAAUUGUUAAUAAUUGACUUACAACAAGGAUAUCAUCGUGUCAAUUACGAACCUCAAAACUGGCGAAUCAUUGCCAGAUAUUUGAACUCUGGAAACUAUGCAAAUCCAGCCAUAAAUGUUCAUAAUCGUGCUCAAUUAAUCGAUGACGCGUUUUAUUUCUUUUCGAUGCAACAACUCGAUAUGUAUUCAUUUUUGGAACUUAUAAAAUUCUUAUCGCAAGAGACAAAUUAUGUGGUAUGGUAUCCUAUGAUCAAAGCUCUUGAAAGUAUGUCAAAAUUAUUUCCAAUUUACAAUUCAGAGGAAAAUACCAAAUUUGGCCAUUUAGGCCAUUUCAAGGAAAACAUACUGAAAAUAUUGAAUGAUGUUCUUGAACGCAUUGGAUACGAAGAACAUUCUAAAGAAGACGAUCUUAUUAAAUGUUUAAGACAAGAAGUCGCCAAAUGGGCAUGUACUCUCGAGCAUCUCAAAUGCCUACAAAUGGCGAAAUAUCAAUUAGAAGAUUAUCUCUUCCAAAAUAAAAAACUUUUACCGUGGUGGAAGGAAUGGACAUACUGUAAAGGUAUACAGACAGAGACAAAUUUAACUGGUGUUUGGAAGACAGUACUUAAAGAAUGGAUAGUAACCUCUGAUAAUAGAAUUUGGGAAUUUCUAACUUGCAUUACACAUCCUAAUUCUAUUAAAGAGUAUUUGAACGAUAAAAAUCUAGAAGUAGCUAUUUCUUGGAAAAAUGUAUCUUUAAAAUUUCGAAACAUUGAUCGUGUUAAUAGAUUUCUUUUCACAAUUACAAAGCAUGCUAUGGACAGUGAAGUACUUGAUUAUAUUUUAAAUAAUUUUGACGAAUUAAAACCCAGAGAAGUCAGUAUGAAUGCAGCAUUGAUCACUUUAAUUAAUAAUGUGUAUUCUGAGGUACACCUGCAGAAGAUUAAAGUGUUUCUAGAAGAACGGAUUGUUGCUGCUGAAAAUUUUUUUAAAUGGAAGUUGAUCUUUUCUGAGGAGAUACGUGAAAAGACGAAAAAGUUGGUAAAUCAACAACGUGAGUUUAUCGAUUACAAAAUACGAAAACGCGCCAGUAAAAUCUAUUCCUUUACACUGCUAUACCACAUUUAUUUCUUAUGACUAAUCGUUAUAUAAUUGUUUUAUAAAAUCUAUAAAUUAUACUUUUUGCACACAUAUUUAUCUUAAUGAUAUAAGUAACUUUUUGUACUCUUAUUUAUUUUAAGAACUUUUAGAAGAAUAAGGAUUAUUAACAAAGUUAUAAAAAAAAUUAAUUAAUUUUAGUUAUUAUUGGAGAAUAUAAAACUAUUCGAAAAAAUUCUAAGCUUUGAAAAUAUAAUAACAAAAAAGAA